CGAGCGACUGCAGAGUGACGCAUGAGAUGUAAACAAACAUAGGUAGCGCGGCCAUUAUUGUUCCAGAAGAGUUCUGACAGUUCACCGUUGGUCUUCUUCUGUUGAAAUAAUCAGCUCUUCAGGGCCGCACACCGAACCGCACAGAUCCACUCCGGACCGUGAGACAUGAAGGACCCGAGUAUCAGCAACGUCGUCCCCAACAUGUCGGUGGGCGGUGAGGUGAUCUUGAGCAGCCAGUUCAACUCCGAGGAGAACCCGUUCGCAGAGUACAUGUGGAUGGAGAACGAAGAGGAGUUCAACAGGCAGGUGGAGGAGGAGCUCUGGGAGGAGGAGUUUAUCGAGCGCUGCUUCCAGGAGAUGCUGGAGGAGGAGGAGCAGUGGGAGUGGUUCAUCCCAUCCAGAGACCUCCCCUCCACCACCAUCAGCCAGCUGCAGGAGCAGAUCAGCCUGCUGGUCCUGGACGCAGACAUACAUGCGGACGUGGACGACCUGGAUGUUGUGAUGAACAGCAGCCUGAAUCCCAACGCCAAGGAGUUCACCCCGGGUAUCCAGAAACAUGUCAUGUGACCCUGCUGGGCUCCGCCCCCUCUGCUCCAGCCCGCACUGUGACAUCAUCAACAAGAUGUCUGCUGUAUUUUCCAGCUGCCACUCAAACCUUCAGCCUGAUGUGUUGCCAAAGUUCUGCACUCGCCUUGCAUGUGUUGAGAAAAACGUUCCGUUUGCAUCACUUCCUGUUUCCUGUUGGACACCCCACCGGCCUGACCACCUGUGUGUGUGCGUGCGCGCGUGAGUGUGAACUCUCUGAAUGUAAAUCAGCUGAGAGGAGUUUCUGUGUCACUUUGAGUUUAGAACAAACUGCGUCGUGUUUCAGUUGCACUUUUCUUCUCUGUCUGCUGCUGUCAGACCUCCUGUAGGUGACGUCACCGUCGGCCUCCUCGUACCUUAAACCACUUUCUGGUCCUGGUUUAACCGAGUUAGUUUAGAGUGUGAUCCAGUUCAAAUCUGAUCCGGUUUGAGCGGUUUGUGCUGGUGUGCUGUUCUCCCUCCUUUGCAUUUCUUCUUCUGUUGCCUCAUUAACUGAUAAAAGUGUUGACUUUUUUUUAAACGCACAGAAAGUACUGUAAAAAAAACAAA